UCUUUCUCCACAAACCUAGCAGCAGCAAACACACCACGCACCAUUGACCACCUUCUCACCCUCCUUCUCGAGAAUUAGCUGAGAGUCAUCCUGAGGCAGUGGUAAUGGCGGGCCCAGCGGCGUCGUUGAGGUUCACGGUGAGGAGGAAGGCGGCCGAGCUGGUGACGCCGGCGGGGCCGACGCCCCGGGAGCUGAAGCGGCUCUCGGACAUCGAUGACCAGGACGGUCUGCGGUUCCACAUCCCCGUCAUCCAGUUCUACCGGCGCGACGCGUCCAUGGGCGGCAGGGACCCAGCGGCAGUGGUCCGGGACGCCGUGGCCAGGGCGCUCGUGCACUACUACCCGUUCGCCGGCCGGCUGAGGGAGCUCGAAGGGCGCAAGCUCGCCGUCGACUGCACCGGCGAGGGCGUGCUGUUCAUCGAGGCCGACGCCGACGUGCGUCUGGAGCACUUCGGCGACGCCCUGCAGCCGCCCUUCCCGGGACUCGAGGAGCUCAUCUUCGACGUCCCCGGGUCGUCCGAAGUCCUCGGCACUCCACUCCUCCUCUUCCAGGUGACACGCCUGGCGUGUGGAGGCUUCAUCCUGGCGGUGCGGCUGAUGCACACGAUGGCGGACGCGCAGGGGCUGGUGCAGUUCCUGGCCGCCGUGGCGGAACUGGCGCGAGGCGCGGCGGCGCCGUCGGUGCGGCCGGUGUGGGAGCGGGAGCUGCUGGAGGCGCGGAACCCGCCGCGCCCUGGCUUCGCGCACCGGGAGUACGACGAGGUGCCGGACACCAAGGGCACCAUCGUGCCGCUCGACGACAUGGCGCACCGCUCCUUCUUCUUUGGGGCCCGGGAGGUCGCCGCCAUCCGGUCCCACCUGGCGCCGGGCCUCAGGAAGCGCGCCACCACGUUCGAGGUCCUCACGGGAAGCCUGUGGAAGUGCCGUACCGUGGCGCUGGCCCCCGACGCUGACGAGGUGAUGCGGAUGAUCUGCAUCGUCAACGCCCGCGGCGGCAAGCAGGGCGGUGCGAGCGCUAUCCCGGCCGGCUACUACGGGAACGCGUUCGCCUUCCCGGUGGCCGUGUCGGCCUCCGGCGACCUGUGCGCGAACCCCCUGAGCUACGCCGUGAAGCUGGUGAAGGAGGCCAAGUCGGAGGUGGACGUGGAGUACAUGCGGUCGGUGGCGGACCUGAUGGUGCAGCGCGGGCGGCCGCACUUCACGGUGGUGCGCGCGUACCUGGCGUCGGACGUGACCAAGGCCGGGUUCGGCGACCUGGACUUCGGGUGGGGCAGGCCGGUGUACGGCGGGCCGGCAAAGGGCGGCGUGGGCGCCAUCCCCGGGGUGGCCAGCUUCCUGAUCCCGUUCAAGAACGGCAAGGGCGAGGACGGCAUCGUGAUCCCCAUGUGCCUGCCUGGGCCCGCCAUGGACAAGUUCGUGGAGGAGAUGGGCAAGCUGCUGCGCCCGGCCGUCGACGUCCCCGACAUGUUCCCCGCCAUGAUCAAAUCUGCGCUCUGAAUCAGCGAGCGCGCGUGCGCUGUCCCAUCGUCCGUUUCGCUGUCCGUAAUUACGUCCCCGGUUAUUUGUUGGUGAAUAGUACGUAAGUUGUUAGUAAGUACAGUAGAAAUUUAAUCCGCAGUGGGUGUGUGGUGCUGAUGUGAUGGAGCGGAGUGAACAAGGCUCGUCGGAUGCACUGCGGCUGACGGGCGCGCAUGGGUUGUAACUUGUAAGGGUGACUUUGUAUGUGUCUGUUUGAAUAAUUCCAAUGUAUUGCCAUACCAUUUUGAACA